AUGCCGGAGAACGGCUCCUUCGCCAACUGCUGCGAGGUGGGCGGGCGGGCCGUGCGCGCAGGCUGGCCCGGGGCUGGCGGCGCGCGGCCCUCCGGGACCCCCCGGCCUCCCUGGGUGGCGCCCGCGCUGGCCGCCGUGCUCAUCGUCACCACCGCGGUGGACAUCGUGGGCAACCUCCUGGUCAUCCUCUCGGUGCUCAGGAACCGCAAGCUCCGCAACGCAGGUAAUUUGUUCCUGGUGAGUCUGGCAUUGGCUGACCUGGUGGUGGCCUUGUACCCCUACCCGCUAAUCCUCGUGGCCAUCUUCCAUGAUGGCUGGGCCCUGGGGGAGGUGCACUGCAAGGCCAGCGCCUUCGUGAUGGGCCUGAGCGUCAUCGGCUCCGUCUUCAACAUCACCGCCAUCGCCAUUAACCGCUAUUGCUACAUCUGCCACAGCGUGGCCUACCACCGGAUCUACCAGCACUGGCACACCCCCCUCUACAUCUGCCUCGUCUGGCUCCUCACCGUGGUGGCCCUGGUGCCCAACUUCUUCAUGGGGUCCCUGGAGUACGACCCACGCAUCUACUCCUGCACCUUCAUCCAGACAGCCAGCGCCGAGUACACGGCUGCAGUGGUGGUCAUCCACUUCCUCCUCCCCAUCGCUGUCGUGUCCUUCUGUUACCUGCGCAUCUGGGUGUUGGUGCUCCAGGCCCGCAGGAAGGUCAAGCCAGACAGCAAGCUGCGCCUGAGGCCCAGCGACGUCCGGAGCUUUCUAACCAUGUUCCUGGUGUUUGUGAUCUUUGCUGUCUGCUGGGCCCCACUGAACUGCAUCGGCCUUGCUGUGGCCAUCAACCCAGAAGAAAUGGCUCCCCAGGUCCCAGAAGGGCUCUUUGUCACCAGCUACUUCCUGGCUUAUUUCAAUAGCUGCCUUAAUGCCAUCAUCUAUGGGCUCCUGAACCAGAACUUCCGCAGGGAAUACAAGAAGAUCAUCUUGGCCCUUUGGAGCCCACGGUGCUGCUUUCAGGACGCCUCUAAGGGCAGCCAUGCUGAGGGGCAACAGGGCCAAGCCCUACCUGUUGUUAUUGGCCAGCGCCUCGUCCAGGCAGACGCUCUGUAG